UUCCCUGGCUUGUUUACUAAGGAGGACAGCAAUAGUGCUCACUACUACUAUGUUGUGAAGUUGUAAAUGGGGUUCUCACUAGGUGGAUAGGGCCUGAUGUAAAGGCCAUGGAAAUCAAUAGACUCCCCUUGAAAUCAGUGGGUUUUGGACGAGAGACUUAUUAAAGGGUGAGGAGUAUCUGUCGAGAUGCUCAGCGAGGGCGGUGACUUGAUUUGUGAUUUUGAUACUGAUGUCGCAAUGAGCUACGCAUGAACAAAUCCCAGAGCUCAUUCCAACAUUGGGACCUAAACAUCUCUGCGGUUGAGUAUCCCCACCUGUAAAGCUGGGAAUAAUAUCUCACAGGGGCCUUGCAACAUUUAUUAACAUUAAUAUUUGCAGGACAGUUUGAGAUCCUUGGAUGAAAUGAGCCAUGUCCAUGAAAAUUAUUAUUUUUAAGUUUAAAAAAAAUCUUUUAAAUUAAAAGUCCAAUGAAACAGACUCCUUUCAUUUAAUUGAAUGGACGCCAAGCUCUUUACAAAAGAUGCAGCUAGCUGAUUCAGAAGAGGCAUUGUUAAGCUUAUUUGACCAGUGCAAACGGGAGUUGUUCUAGAUACAUUCUAAUAGACAAUAGUAACAAUCUAGUGAAAAUAGACCAUUGCAAAUUAGACACUAACCUAACAAGUACUGCCUCAAAUGCAUAAAAGGUCUUUGAUCAGGUGGCAUCUGAUUUCAAAGAGACACUGCACAGAUGAAAUGUGGAGAAUAAUUUUUAUUUUAUAUGUGAAAUUGUGUAGCCUGGAGAAUAUAGCUGUUAGUCUUUUUUAUUUUGUGGAGACCGACUAAUUAGAGUGCAGCCUGUAGCAUAAGAAGGAUGUUCUAGUAGGUUGGGAGAUAGCCCAUGUCUGCCAAAUUCUAGUCUGUUUUCCUGGCUCUGCCAGUGAUGUGCUGUAUAAACUUGAGUAAACCACUUAAUCCACUCCACGCCUCAAUUUCUCCAUCUGUAACAUAAGGAUAAUACUUCCCUACUUCUCAGGAUUGUUGUGAGAUUUAAAUCCAUUAAUGAUUGUGACGCACUCAGAUGUGGUGGUGGUGUAUAAGGAGAGAGAGAGAGAGAGAUUUUAAUACAGCCAUGCUUGCACUUCAGAUUCAGAAUUUCUGGAAGCCAUUUUUCAAAGGAAGCAGCAGUUUGGGACUGUAGUGGAAACCACAUUAUGUGGAUGGAUAGAUAUUAACAAUCCAAUCUGUUUUAUAUAUUUGGGGAAGUUUUGUGUUGGCACUAUUUUCCGAGAAAAAGUGAAUAGAAAUUGUUUUCAAUUUUUUCCCUUCCAUUUGUUUAACAAGACCUGCCUUAUCCAUCUUAGGUUUUUCUACAGCAUCCAGCACUGUACUCAUCUUCUAGAUGCCUUUUUGUCAUCCGAUCUCCUCUUAAUUGCUGCAUUGUUCACUGUAGCUGUGACCCUUCAUUCUCCAGGCCUGAGAUCCUUUGCUCUACCCUUUCUGCUCAUUGAACAUCCUGGUGUCUCCAUCCUUACCUUUCUCAUGUGCUGGGGACGGGGUGGCUCUGGAACUUGGUUGGGGCUGCUGCUGUACUGUCGGAAAGAGCUCAGGUUAUCCCUUGCAUGCCAUGGGACAAGGAGGUUGGCUGGCUGAUCCAUGUGGGCUACAGAACCAUGUUCCAUGGAUAGAGCCUAUUUCUUGUCUCAGUUGAGUACCUCCCACAAUCGGGCCCUUUAGGCACUACUACUGUAAUACAAAAUAAUUCAUGAUUAGUUUUCCUGUUAUCUCCUCUAAGAUGAGGGAGGUAGGAUGCACCAGUUUCAGUCUUUUAAUUAUUGUAUUAAAAACUCAGAGCAGCUUCUUGUAUUUCCUCUGUAUUACUUUCUGCUACAUUCUCAUCCAUAUAGGCCUGUGCUCCAGUUUACCUUUAAUAGCCUUGAUGUGCUCCUGGGACGGUUUCUCUUGCUGACUGCCUGAUUUUCUCAUCUUUUGCAGCCUGUGGUCCACGGAUAUUAUUAAGUGAAAAAAAACAUUGAAAAUGUCUCAGGAUCCUGAUAUUCCACAUACAAGUGAAGAAAAAUCAAGUGAUUCAGAGGAUAUCCAAGAGGACAGCUUGAACAACCCAGAUCAAUCUAUGAGAGAAAGGAUACGACAAAGUAGCUCAAGUCCACACAGAUGCAACAGAGCUCAAUCUAGUCCCCCUCGGCUUGUGUCGAUGAAAGAGCUGAUGGAAACAGCAAAAGGAGUUUCCAAUAUGGCGUUAGCACAUGAAAUUGUAGUCAAUGGAGGCUUCCAGAUUAAACCAGCUGAAUUACCAGAAGGCAGCCUGGAGAAAACUGUAAAAGAGAUUGUACAUAAAGCUUUUUGGGACUGUCUGGAAGCCCAGUUAAGCGAAGAUCCACCAACAUAUGAUCAGUCAAUUAAACUUGUGGGGGAGAUUAAAGAGACUCUUCUAUCUUUCUUAUUGCCUGGUCAUACUAGAUUAAGAAAUCAGAUUACUGAAGUUCUGGAUCUGGAUCUGAUAAAGCAGGAGGCAGUGAACGGGGCCCUGGAUAUUUCUAAGCUGGCAGAAUUCAUCAUCGGAAUGAUGGGGACCCUUUGUGCUCCAGUUAGAGAUGAGGAAAUUAAGAAACUGAAAGACAUUCAUGAAAUAGUCCCACUAUUCAGAGCAAUUUUCUCUGUAUUAGACUUAAUGAAAAUGGACAUGGCUAACUUUGCUGUCAGUAGCAUUAGGCCGCAUUUAAUGCAACAAUCUGUUGAAUACGAAAGAGAGAAGUUUCAGAAGAUUUUUGAGAAACAGCCAAAUUCUCUAGACUUUGUCACCGACUGGCUGCAAGAAGCAUCAGAUGAUCUUGCCAAUUUGAAGUAUAAAAAUCCACCUUCCCCUGGUGUUGGUGCUGCUGCUAGUGGAGUUCCUGUAUUGUGUCCUGCUGCUGUGCAGAAUUGGGCAUAUCUAAAGCUGCUUAAGUGGGAUCAUGUGCACAGGCCUUUCCCAGAAACAUUGUUAAUGGACCACACCCGCUUUCAGGAAAUGCAGCUGGAGCUUGAACAGCUCACCUUGACUGGUGCUAUCCUCCUGGUCAUGUUCAAUGUAGUAGGUGCAGCGCUUUCCAAUCUGCCAGGGUUUGCUGACAAAAUCAAAACCAUUAUAAAGGUGUUGUUGACAGGAAUGCACCUUCCAUCCUUUAACCUGAGUGAAUCUUUGGCUACUGUUGGUGAGAAGGUCUGUGCUGAAGUUAAUAGCUGUCUUUCCCAACAUGGAUUCACGCCAUUCACAACUGAGAAAGAGAUUGCGCUUAAAGGACAGAUCCAGGCAUUGGGAAACUCUGACAACACCAUAUGCAAGUUGAUAGAUUCUCGAAUCCAGACAUUUUUGGAGAGCUAUCUGACUUCUGGUCAUCAGAAAUCGUUUCCUGCUAUUCCUGGGGGAUUAGGCCCUAUUCAAAGAGAGAUGGAAGAAAUUGCUGUCAAGUAUGUUCGCCUUGUCAACUAUAACAAGAUGGUGUUCAGCCCGUACUAUGAUGUGAUCCUCAGCAAACUACUGAAUAAGGAAGAAUCCCAAUUGUUAGGGUAGUCAGAAGAAUCAUCAUACCAGUUUGUAUGCUAUCUAGAUAGUGUUAAUUUUGUCUGCUAAAAAAAAUUGCAAUUAACUUGGCUUUGGAAAAUGGCAUUCCAUUAAAACAUAGUUUUAUUACUGUAACUCAAUAGCACUGAUUCUGAAGGGGAAAAUUAUGUACAAGUUAGGAUAGGCCCUUUGAAUUAAAUGGUAAAUAGAUGCAAUUUUAGCAUAACAAAUUAUGUUUGUUAAUUUUAUGGCUGUAGUUUUUGCUACUGAGCAGAUGUUAGAUAAGACUAAACAAUUGUACAACCAGACUGCAUUUUUAAAUUGCGGAUUUUGUGGGAGGCUUUUUGUAGCAUUCUAACUCUCCAAUUUACCAUGAAGUUAGUGUAUGUGUUCAUCUAGCGAAGAUUAGCAAAGGUCUCUUCCAUACUGAGUGAUUUGGCCUUCUGAAAUCCUAUUUUAACAACUGAAGAAAUAAUUUAAAAUUUGAGAUGUAAGAAACUUUGAAUAAUGGUGGUUAAGAGCAGGCCCAAACAUAGCACUUUAUUGUAAUAAUAUAAGGCUCCUAGUCUUUCUGCUAAUCACAUUUUUCUAUAGCAAUUUUUGCUCUCUGUCUGCAAAUAAGUUACCAAAAACAUGAUAUAAUUAUAUUUUGUAGUGAACUUUCUGGUUAUCAAAUAACUGUCUUCUACUAUGUACAGUGUUACAAGGGUGAUCGUCUAUAAGAUUGCAGCUGUAUUUAUCUCUUUGUAAAACUUUCAGGUGGGCCAAGAGAAAAAUGUUUUGAUAAGAGUGGUAUUUCUUGCCUUUCUUUUGCUGGUAGUUGACUCCUUUUUAUGUGAAAUACUAAUUUAAAAAAGUAAACAUUUUAACAUUUUCAGAAGAUGGAUAAAGUCUUAUGCAUUGAAUUUCAGGCUUGAGGAAAUUUCCUUUUUUUUUUUUUUCUUAAAACUGUGUGACUUAUCAGACAAUUGUAUAUGCUCAUAGUUUCAGAAAUAUCACUGAAAUUGAAACAUACCAAUAAUUUAUUAAUAUUUUAAACAGUGACUUUAAAAGGUAUAGUAGGAAAUGAACUAUUUAAAGUUCAUUUGAAGUCAUGGGAAAAUAUUAUUUAGUGUUUUAGAUGCUUUUUCACUUUUUACAGAUGUUAUUGAACUCAAAGUAUUUUAGAUUCUUGAGAAGAUAACUAGCAAGAUGUUCUCUAAAUGCACUCUGAAGGAUUUCUGAUCUUAAUAAUUCAUAAAAUAUGGAAAUUUAAACUUUUCUUGGAAGUAAAUAUAAGGUUUAGGACAGUUAAAAGCAAAAUUGAAACUUUCUUCAGCUGAUAGAGCCUAUCAGGUUUUGAGUAAGAAAUGGUUGCCAAAGUUCUUAGCAUCUCAGGUAAUAUAAGGUGAAGUGAGCUCAUGUUAAUAAAUGAUAGGUUGGUACCUCGUCCUAAGAGUUCUGGGGCGGGGGGACGCUAUGACAAAAAUAGAAUAUUUAUUGUAUUCUAAAAUGAAGAAUUUAAGAGGGCCUCUUUUUUGACACUAUUGAUUAAUAAAAUAAUAGAGUAGUUGACUAGUCAGUCACAUUCAACAGAACAGUGGUAAGAAGGGAGGUACCCUGGAGUACUUAUUCUAAUACUUACACUUCCCUUUGCAUUUUGAAAUUUCAUUAGUUCCUAGGGCUAGAACUGAGAUCGGAUGUACGGCUCUAACAGUUUUCUGCUCUAUGGGGAAGAUGGAAUAAAAUAACAAUAGCUUUACUUGCUUGAUGUAUCACCACAUUAGCGAAUUAAAUUAAUCUCAAACUUCGGUUGCACAAUGUGAAACAAAGCUUACCUCAUUUUUAUGAUUACAAAACUAACGACAAUAUUAGGAAACCAUUUUCUUUGUUGGAUGGUUCUUUUGGCUGAACUCCUGAAAAUAUAUAUUUGAACAUUCUUUAGUAAAUUGAAAUAAGUAGCUUAAGCUCAAAAGUUUAUCUAGCACUAUUUUUUUGGUACUGUCCAUGUUCUAUUCUACUCUUGGUCUCACUGGUACACCUCAAUCCCUUUGUUCUCUGCCUGUGGCACAUAAUAGUCUAGUCUUCUAUGGGUUGUAAUACUUUGGCCUAAUUUCAGUUGUUGGGUUUAGUGUGCAGGUGCUGGGUGGUACUGGUGGCCUGCGAUACACAAGAAUUCAGACUAGAUGACGCUGACCUUUAAACGCUAUACUUUUCCUAGAUAGACGUUACUGAGGGCUAUUAGAGAGAUACAUUUCUUGCUCUUGUCCUCAAGCAUUGGUGGUACAUUUCUCCAUACCUUUGUGUAGCGUCAGUGUGAUCUUAACUCUCUUGUGUAUUCGCAGUGGAUGCUUCAAACCUAUUCCAACAGAUAGUGCUCUUGAAUUGCAAUGGCCCAAAUGCUGCUGCAGCUCCAAAGCUAUGUUUUGGUUUUCACCUCAACAAUUCCUGAGAGAGAUGAAGGUUAGAAAACAAACUACUCUGCUUGUGAUAUUCUUGUUUAUGAGAUCUAAGUGUACCGGUUCUAAAUUGCUGGGGAAAAGGACAUAAUGCGCAAAGUGAUCAGUACAUCCUUCUAGUACCACUACAUCCAUUUUUGUUAUGAUGCGAGGGCAGUGGUAUGGGAUAGGGAGGAGGGACAUAGAGACACAGCUGAACUGUUUGUUUUGUUUUUUUAAUGGAAUUUAUCAUUUUCACACUCCUCUGUACAUUCUGGUUCUCAGGCCAUUGGCACAGUUCCUAGUGUAAUUUCUAGCCCAGUUUUGUAGAUUCAAGUUGUUAAGUGAAAGCUCCCAAACUUCUGACUACUGUACCCUGAAACCUUUUGAGUGAUUAUUUCAAGGUAGAAACAAGACCAAGACUGAUGCCAAAAUGAGAAGUAGGAGUCAUGAGCUGAUAGCCUUAAUCCUCAAUUUCACAUCCUAACAUUUUCAAACCUGGGUCGUGUGCUCAGCCCUCCUGAAAAUAAAACUACUUAAAUCAGAUGGAGUUAACCACCCAGGUCUGAAAAUCUUUGGAGUAGGUGUCUAAGUGAGGAAUAAGCACACCAGUAGCAGAUGAGUGGUGACUGACACAACUCGCUCUCAGCCCAAUAUGGCUUUUGUGGGUGACUUUUCUUAUUUAUGUUGUGCUAUAGAAGUGUUUGGGAAAUCCUGCACAGAGUUCCAGGCUUAGACUUUAGUACCUCCAGUGGUUCCCCUACCAGCUUUGUUUAAAAAUACACUGAAUCUGUUUUGGUUUUCUUACUACAUUUAUCACUGAUCGCUUACAAACCAACCUACAAGCUUAAUGCUAAACUGAGCAUACUGAAACAGCAGAGACUGCAUAUGCUUAGCAUCCAUUGAGUAAAUGCUGUGAUAAGUACAGUGUCAGGAUGGGUGAUUCACUGUAUGGAUAAGCAAUGGUCAAAUACUGAAUUGUCAGAUAAAUGUAUACUUGCUUAAUGUAGGAGAUCAUUAGACAAAGCUGCAAAGUCCAGAUGUCCAUGAGUGCCAGCUCCUGCUUACUGUUCGCAACACACACCUGUGCAUGUUGCUCAUGUGGUCAGUACAGCAAGUCCUGUCUUUCUUAAUAUUGUGUUUUGUUCCUAAAGCUUUAUUAACUUUACAUUUUUAAAAAAAUCUGGGUAGCAGGCACAUUGGUCAAGUAUGGGGUGCUGUACUAACUGAGAACCAACGACUCCAUGUUUGGACUUUGUCAGUCUUGCAGAUAGUGUAAGUUGCUGCUGUGUUGUAAUGUUUAUUUUGGGCAUUUGUUACCUAUUACUAAAUUGUAAGUGUGUUUUUUUUAAGUUACUAUAUGUCACAUUUCAGUUACUUUCCCCAGGUGUUCUAAUUGUUGGGUGACAAGCAAAACUGAUAAAUAUUCUUCUCAUAAAGUCCCUUUAAAAAAUAAAUUCAGAUAAGUAUGGCAACGUAAGCUCUCAGGCCAGCAACUGGAACCUGAUUCAACUUCUGUGUGUUGCUUCACGCAGCCACAUUUGCUCCUUAGUCUAGAGUUCUGUGCCAAACAGAUGAGGGCCUCCCUCUGUAAAUAUCCCCCUCUACCUUGUUUCCCAUCAAAUGAAAGUAUGGUCCUGGAGGUUACUAAGCAAUUCCUAUUGCAAAUCCAAUUUACACAAUGUGAAGAAUAUACUUUACUGGCUGAAUAUGUCCACCUCUUCAAAUCUCACUAGCACCACUAAACUACAGCUCUCCACAUGAGUGGUCGGAAUUUGUUUGUCUUAUGUAGUAAGAGCCUGUAUAAUCUGGAGAAAAAAUAAUGCUCUAAUUAUUAAAGUGCAAUGUUGAAUAUUAAGGUGCAAGUUUAAAUGCAAUCUAAGAGAUGUACAAUUACACAGAAGCUGCUUCUAGAAGUACCAUUAACUUAUUUGAAAAUGACUGCAGUGGUUUUAAAAAAAAAAAUCUUAAUAUAUUUAAUAGCUUGUUUUUGCCUGUAAACUAAAGACAGUAAUGAUGGAUAAAAUUAAUGCAGGACUAACAGUACUUCUGGAAAUUUCAAUAUACAAAGUGUGCAUCUGAUAACUUAUCUUGCUGUGUUGUCAGUUCUUUUCAUUUUAAAUUGCUUUGGAAUGAGGAAAUGCAUUAUCUUCCAAUAUUUUGGGGAGGGGGCAAGGGUAGAACUCUGAAACCAUCAUGAGGAAUUACCUCCCAACAAAUUUCUCUCUUUUGAGGCUGCUUUGUUUGGUUGAUGUAAGAGUAUAUACAUAAAAUCUGAAUGAGA